AUGGAGGAUGAGACAGAGAGAGGAGACCGGUUUUGGAAUACCAGCUCCGUAGAGAUGAAGUUCUCUACUGGGAAAGAAUGGUUGAGGAGGGUUCGUUUCGCAGAAAAUAAGCCUAAUUACGGGAUGAGAGACCUUGCUCCCGUGUUGGAAGAACUCACAGGCAACAAGCUGGAGCUUGUAGGUCCCCUGGUGGAUGGCUUCCUUAAGGAGAUUUGGCUCUCUAUUAACGCGAAGCUCGCUCGCUCUAGAAUGACCGGUCUUAUGGCGCCCAUCACUCUCUUUAUGCCAUUUCAAAUCUUUAAACAUAUCUGGGUUUUAGUAUAA